AUGAAACAACAUCAUUGUACUCAUUGUGAGAAAAGUUUUAUCCAUAAAAGUAAACUCAAAAAGCAUGUGCGAACACAUACAAAUGAAAAGCCUUAUCACUGUGAGCAAUGUGAGAAAAGUUUUCCCCAGUCAAGUCAUCUCAAACAGCAUAUGCGAACACAUACCAAUGAAAAGCCAUAUCAUUGUGAGCAAUGUAAGAAAUGUUUCGCCCAAUCAAGUACUCUCAAAGUGCAUAUGCGAACACAUACCAAUGAGAAGCCUUAUCGCUGUGAGCAAUGUCAGAAAUGUUUCUCCCAAUCAAGUCAUCUCAUACAGCAUGUGCGAACACAUACAAAUGAGAAGCCAUAUCAUUGUCAGCAAUGUGAGAAGAGUUUUCCUCAGCCAAGUACUCUAAAAAAGCAUAUGCGAACACAUACCAAUGAGAAGCCAUAUCAUUGUGAGCAUUGUGGGAAAAGUUUUGCCCAAUCAAGUACUCUGAAACUGCAUAUACGGAUACAUACAACCGAGAAGCCUUAUUACUGUGAGCAAUGUGACAAGAGAUUUACUCAGUCAAUCCAUCUUAAACGACAUCUACAAACUCAUACCGAUGAAAAGGCUUAUCAAUGUGAACAUUGUGAGAAGAGUUACAGCUGGUUAAGUCAUCUCAUUAAGCAUACACGAACACACACCAAUGUGAAACGUAAUCAGUGUGUGCUAUGUGAGAAGAAUUUUAUUAAUGCAAAUCAUCUUAAACGACAUUUACGAACACACACUAAUGAGAAGCCUUAUCACUGUGUUCUCUGUGAGAAGAGUUUUGCCCAGUCGAGUGCUCUCAAACAGCAUAUUCGAACACAUACAAAUGAGAAACCUUAUAACUGCAAAUAUUGUGACAAGAGUUUUGCCCAUUCAAGUACAUUUUAUCAGCAUAGACGAACACAUACCAAUGAAAAACCUUACCAUUGUGAGGUAUGUGGGAAAAAUUUUACUAAUUCAAGUAGUCUUAGAAAACAUGUGAUUUUACAUACGAAUGACAUGCCUUAUCACUGUGAACAUUGUGGGAAGAGUUUUGCCCAGUCAACUCAUCUGAAAGUGCAUAUUCGAACACAUACUAAUGAAAAACCUUACCAAUGUGAGAUAUGCGAGAAGAGGUUUACUCAGUCAAGUCAUCUAAAAAGACAUGCACAAAUACAUACCAAUGAAUUACCUUGUGAGAGCAGUCAUUCUCAUCCACUUUAUUCCCAACAUCAUAUGGAAAUACAUACAAUUGAAAAACAAUAUCUUCAUGAGCAAUGUUGGAAAUUUUAUUUGUAUAAUAGCACGACGAAGAAGAGACAAUUUCUUGAAAAUGAGCAUCAAAAUAAACUGAAGAAUUUUACUUAUGUUGAUUCAAUUACUCAAACUGCUACUCCAAUAUCUAAUUUCGUAAAUCAGUUCAAAUGUAAACAGUGUGAGUGUCUAUAUAGCCACUUAUUUAGUCAAAGAAGGACGUUAAUUAUUCAUAGAGGAGAGAAAUGUACUUAUAGAUGGGAGACCUUAAAUGAUAGCAAACAGUUAACUAUCACACUUAACAAUCGUGAUGAGUGUGCAAGUGAGGAAGAACAGAAACAAUUGUUUAUUGUGCAUGCUGGGUUUAUUGUUGAAAAGAGAAGAGAUGAUAAAAUGGAAGAAUUCAGAUUAUACAGCCACAUCAUUGAUAGGCACUGA